AUGGAUCACCUGGAUCUGGAUCUUGCAGAGACUACUCUCAUGGAAUUGGCUGAUGAAGCUGGAAGAAUAAUUAGAGAGGCUUUCUCAAAAGAAAAGAGGAUCAAGACAAAGUCUUCAAAUGUUGACCUGGUGACUGAAACUGAUCAGAAGGUAGAAAUGGUGCUGAAAGCCCGGUUAGCAGAGCUCUUUCCAACCCACAAGUUUAUUGGAGAGGAGAGCACUGCUGGAGGAGCAAAAUGUCAACUGACAGAUGAACCAACUUGGAUCAUUGAUCCAGUGGAUGGCACCAUGAACUUUGUUCAUGGCUUUCCAUUCAUAGCUGUCUCUAUUGCCUUGGUUGUUCAAAGGCAGCCUGUCUUGGGAAUAGUUUACAAUCCCAUACUAGAAUUGAAAUACUCGGCUCGGAUAGGCAAGGGAUCCUUUCUCAAUGGUGAAAAACUGCAAGUGUCAGGUCAAGAAGAUCUGUCACAGGCUUUGAUCUUCAUUGAAAUUGGCACUGGCCGUGAUCCAGAGAAGAUGAAAUGCGUACAGGCAAAUUUUGCAAAUCUAAUCUCGCAAGUUCAUGGUGUUCGAUUAUUAGGAUCAGCAGCAUUGCAGGUGUGCAUGGUGGCCCAGGGUGCCUGUGAUGCCUACUCCAGUUUUGGUGUCCAUGUCUGGGAUAUUGCUGCUGGAGCCCUGAUUGUGACUGAGGCAGGUGGUAUUGUCUGUGACACUGCCGGCGCUCCGUUGGACUUGAUGGGUCGUCGCAUCCUGGUUACUUCUUCAUUGAAGCUGACUGAAACUUUAAGCAACACUCUGGUGCAGUACUCACCAGACCGAGAUGAUGUUUAG